CCCGUCAUGAUUUUUUCCCCAGGCGGCAUGUCGGUUUCCACCAAUCAGAGCGCGUCUUGGUGUCUGCUCAGCCAAUGGGCGGCCUGGAGGCUCUUACAGUGCCAGUGGGUGUGAACCCAAAGGAGGAAGCGUCACCGAGCAGCGUAACAAAGUUUUAAGAGAAUGGCGGACAAGACUGUGGACGGAGGGCCAUGGACAGGAUGUGCGGUCAUGUUUCUGCAGUCACUCUGUCCUGGUGUAAAUCUGCUCUCACUCUACAAAGACCAACAGAGAAAAUUCAUCGUUUUCAAAGUCAUCAAGCUGACACUUAUAGACUCUGCAGGUGGUCUGGGUGGUUAUGAAAUCCUGAAGGUCCAUGACGCGGAUCCCUUCCUGGGGGUGGAGGUGAAAUUUGUGGAUGUGGCAGCUUGUCAGCAAUUCCUGGAGAGCUACAGCUCUGGAGCCGUGCGCCAGUCAUUCUCCCAACAUGCCUGCCGGCUUCUUGUGCUGCCCCAAGAAUUCAACGUGGAAACCCAACUCAAGGCCAGCACACACAUCCUGGAUCUCUGCCUGGACAAGCUGGACCUUUGCCUGCAGCACAUCCACCUCUCACAGCCGGAGCGUCUGCGCGAUGAGGAGAUUGAUCAUCUGGAGCAGCAGCUGCAGAACCAGGCCCUCGGUCCUGCACCACAGUCCACCACCAUCACACAGGAGGAGUCUCCUGUCCCCAGCAACUGCUUCAAAUUUCAGAACAGAGUGUUUGAGGACCGAAUGCUGACAUCGACAGAUGUUCAGAGCUUUUCUAACGGAGUAGGCCGUCAGUGGAAACAUGUAGGGAGGGCUCUGGGGAAGAACUGCCGUGCUCUCAAGGGUCCAGCCAUAGACAACCUGGCCUAUGAGUACGAGAGAGAAGGGCUGUAUGAGCAAGCCUAUCAGCUGCUCAGCCGUUUCAUCCAGGCGGAGGGGAGGGCGGCCAAGCUGAGCCGGCUGGUCAAAGCACUGGAGGACUGCAAACUCACCAGCCUGGCAGAAAAUAUUCUGGAUGUACAGCCACGAGAGUAACUCUGCGUACGAGUCAAGAAAACUGAGGUGGACAGGUCCUCUCUGCAUGAGGAGAGCUGACCGCGUCCUGCCUGCUUUUGUUCCAGUGUGUUUGUUCUUGAUUGACAUCUCACGUUUAAAACCAUUCCCGUGUGUGUGUGUGUGUGUGUGUGUGUGUGUGUGUGUGUGUGUGUGUGUGUGUGUGUGUGUGUGUGUGUGUGUGUGUGUGUGUGUGUGUGUGUGUGUGUGUGUGUGUGUGUGUGUGUGUGUGUGUGUGUGUGUGUGUGUGCAUGUUUCACACAGGUUAUGUGAACGCAUGCUAAGAUCUGUGACAACUGAGUGAUUCACUUUUUGUCUUGCCAAUCAGUUACUAGUAUUACUGAUAAUUGUUUUUAUUUAGAUGAAAUGACUGUCAUCACUGUUAAAAAAAUAUGCUGUCACGAGUUUUAUGCACUGUUAUAAACUGUUUCUAUCAUGUACCUCUUUUAUUCCUGCUUUGUAAGUCAAUUUACAGAUGGAACCUGUUGGGUCUUGUUUCUAAUGAGUGCACAACUGAAGGUUAUUGAUUUUUUUUUUCUACAAAAUGGGUGCAUGCAAAUUAAAUGGUUUUACAAAAAGG